UCAAUGAGAGCAGCGCCGAACUACCUCGGUAAAGAGAGAGAGAGAGAGAGAAAGAGAGAGGGAGACAGAGAGCGCCAUUUGGCUUUGGAGAACCCUACUUACUCCUGCAAAAGAACACCGUGAUUCCCCUUGGGUUUCCCUUUCGGCCUGUGAGAUUUCCUUGGGCGAAUCCCCUCCCGAGCGAAGGUCAGUCGUCGUGCUUCGGAUCGAGCUCAUUUUGGGGGUCCGUGGACUCGGAUUUGGAAGUUCUUCUCGAUUGGAGUCGGAGGGGUUUUCGAUUCGGUGGGGAGUGUGGGAAAGGACAGAUUUUGGAGCGUUUGGUGGGUUUCCUGGCCGGCGAUGGCUUUGAAGGGUCCUAACGGGUGAUGGAUCUGUCGAAGUAGCUAAAUCACAUCCAGAGUUGAUACUGUGGCUCACGAUCUUGAACUCUGCGGCGCUUGGCACCUGUAGAUUUCAAGGGUUCCGGUAUUUUGAGCUCCGAACAUCGCCUAAAUCUGAAAGGAUCUUUAGUCAAAUCCGACAUAUUUGCUUGUCUGUUGCCGGUUAGAGAGGAGGAUCUGCCCAUUCAAGAAGCAAAUUCAGAAAAAAAGAUGCAACCAAAAGCAAGAGUAUAUGCUGACCCAUCCGACGACCUGGAUCAAUUCGACCACCUGCCUGACUCGAUUGUCCUCCUCAUCCUCAAUAAGCUCGCAGAUGUCCGAUCGCUUGGCCGCUGCUCUGCUGUUUCGAAGCGGUUUAACUCCCUUGUUUUCUUGGUGCAUGAUGUCUAUGUUAAGAUCGACCGAGUGGUCACGGUUGAUGGUGAUUCUGAUGAUCCAUUGAGUCAAUCUUCUCCCAGGCAUCGAAACCUUUUCUCCAACUUCCUAAAGCUCAUGCUUUUCACUCUCCUAAAGCCCUUCCACAACCUUCGCAGCACCAAUGGUGGCAACAAGCCUGUCUUCCCACUGCUCUCCCAUCACUCCCCAGCACAGGUUCUCAAGAACUUCACCCAUGUCCGCAACCUCAGGAUCGAACUCCCUGCUGGAGAUGUUGGAACUGAAGAAGGGGUUCUUUUAAAAUGGAGAGCUGAGUUUGGGAGUACACUGCAGAGCUGUGUGAUCUUGGGAGGUACAAGGAUUGACCGGAAGCUGGUCUCCCCCGAGCAUGAAUCACCAGUAGAAGACAGUGGAAGCAUUCCUGACUCUUUUUACACAAAUGGAGGGCUAAAGCUCCGUGUUGUCUGGACAAUCAGCUCCCUGAUAGCUGCUUCCACGAGGCAUUAUCUUCUUCGGCCCAUUAUUAAGGAACAUCCAACCUUGAAGAGCUUGGCCUUGACCGAUGCUGAUGGGCAGGGGACACUAAGUAUGGGCGAAGAACAGCUGAAGGAGUUCAGGGAGAAACCAGUGGCAGCCUCAGCAUCUACAAACAGGACGCAAGUUCCAGCUUGCAACAUGAAGUUGAAAUAUGCUCCCUAUUUAGACAUCCCUGGUGGGAUGGCAUUGCAAGGAGCCACUGUGGUAACUAUUAGGCCAUCUUCUGAGGGAAGCAGUAGUAGCAAUAUUAGGAGUGAGACUGAUGCCUUUAUUUCUGGAGCAUUUGAUGGCCCAUUCAAGGCUGCAGUGAGGACACUGAUGAAGCGGCGGACUUACCUUUUGGAAAUGAAUGGUUUCUAGAUUACUGACAUCGCAAGCUUUUCACACACUGAUGAAUUAGCAGAUUCAUCCUGUGCACUUUCUUCCUUAAGGUGCAAAUUGCAAUCUGAACAUGGUUGAGAUGUGCACCAGUUAUGUGUUUUCAUGUUCUUUUGCUUGUAUCUGUAUAGCAAUAAUCGCUAUCCAUGUAGAAGUUACAUGAAAUAAACAAGUCUUUUUCGGUGCA